AUGCGUUCAACGUCGGCCCCAACAGCACUUCAGGUAUGUAACGGUAGCCAAGAAGUAUUACUGGCUACAGCCAUUGUUCGGCUUCGUAGUUCUUCGGGUGCGUUAGUAGUCGCACGUGCACGUCUCGAUUCCGUCUCACAACUGCACUUCAUUACCGAACGCAUGGCUCAACUGCUUCGUUUGAAACGGGAAAAGGUUCCGUUAGAAAUCAGUGGAAUAGGUUUGUGCGGAGCUAGGUCUCAAUUCUUAUGCAAGGUAGAGAUGCGCUCUCAACAUACAGCCUAUUCGUCAACAAUGGAUGCGAUUAUCAUGAACACAAUAACCCCGUCCCAACCACGCACACCGUUGAACACAUCAGCAUGGAAUAUCCCAAAUAAUAUCGCCUUGGCCGACAAAACAUUCAACACACCAUGCCCAGUGGAUUUGCUGAUAGGAGCAAAAUUUUUUUACGAUUUACUGUUGGUUGGACAGAUCAGCUUAGGCGAGAAUAAGCAAGUCCUUCAAAAAACUAAAGUUGGGUGGGUGGUAGCCGGAGCCGUUACAAACCACCCACUGUUAUCGUCAGCUACGUUGGUUUCAUCAUACACUACAUCUAUCGCGACUGACUGCAUGUUAUCGAAUUCACGAUCAUCAUUACUUGCAGCCAACGCAGCUAAUAUGUCGGCACCAAUACUAGAGCCGUCCCUUGAUCAAAUUUUUGAAAAAUUUUGGCACAUCGAACAUUAUCCCGACCAAACACAAUCUAGCCUAACCAUUGAUGAAAGAGAAUGCGAAAAAUACUUCGAAAAUACUACAAAAAGAUGCCCCACUACCAACAAAUUCAUCGUACGCCUGCCGUUUAAGGAACCACCUCAGUCUUUGGGUACUUCUUAUGAUAUAGCACUGAAACGACUUUUGUCCAUCGAAAACAAACUUCGCCACAACAGAUGCCCCGAAAGGGACUACAAUUCGUUCAUGAAGGAAUACAUCGCACUACACCACAUGAUCCACGUGCCCUUUCCAGAUGCAUGUUUAAACUACAUACCGCACCAUGCGUCAUGCCGAGCAUCAAAUGGCAAAUCUUUGAACGAUAUUCUUCGUGCAGGCCCUACCAUACAAGAUGAUCUUGUUGCAAUUCUCAUCAGAUUCAGGCAGCUUGCCUUCGUGCUAAUGGCGGACAUCACCAAGAUGUACCGCCAAAUCAUAGUAGACAAGGAAGACACGAACUGGCAAUGCAUAUUGUGGCGAGAUGAGAUAACAGAUCGAAUUAAGACAUAUAAGCUGCAAACUGUUACGUAUGGUACGGCAUGUGCACCGUACUUAGCUAUAAAGUGUCUGCAGCAACUCGCACGUGAUCACAUGACAUCACAUCCAAUCGGCGCACCUACAAUUGAAGAUGUUAUCGAAAUCAAGCAGCAAGUCAUCGAAGUGUUAAACAAAUGUGGAUUUCCACUGAGAAAGUUUGCAACAAACGACCCAAGCAUUAUCGCCGACGUAGCCGCAGUGGAUCGUGAAGACAUUAUGCAAGUUGAAGACGUAGGCUAUGUUAAAGCAUUGGGCUUGAAAUGGUCACCAUCUUUGGAUAGCUUUCUCUUCAGUUCCACACAACCACCGGUAUCAUCGAAAGUUAGCAGGCGUAUCAUCCUCUCACAUAUCGCUAGAUUCUUCGAUCCGUUGGGUUUGCUCAAUCCGCUUAUGGUCACCUGUAAAAUUUUGUUGCAGCAGUUGUGGAAGCUUCGGCUGAAUUGGGACGAAAGUGUACCUCCGUCUAUUUAUACACAAUGGGAGUCAUUUUGCAUUAAACUCCCGCUUGUUGAAAAUCUUCGAGUAAACAUGUUAGUAGCAUGUGAUUACAACUCUACUAUACACGCAUUUGCAGACGCCGACAAGGGCGUACGGUGCCACCAUAUACGUGGUAUCCAACUCAACAUCGGCACUACUCUGUGCGAAAUCUCGUGUUGCUCCUACGAAAGAAAGCGGUCCGAAACACGUCCGUUACGCUUGACGUACAAAUUAUUUGGUCCAACACAAGAAGAAGAUGGCGAGUACAGAAUCAGGCACAAUAAGGAGCUGCUUAGUCUCUGCAGUGGCGAAGAUAUUGUAAGAUUUAUCAAGUCGCAGCGCAUCUGA